GGUCGUAAAAGGCCACCGGAGAGAUUUAGGCAUGCCUUUCCCUCCACAUUUCUUUCGAUCAUCUCUCAAUCAUCCAAAACGAAAUAUGCCAAAACAACGGACGGAACGAACGAAUCAUCAUUUACACUAAUUUUGGUUUGCACUUGAGCCUGGGAAGGAAAAAAAAUAAAAAUCACAAAUGAAAUGAUCGGACAAAGCCAAAGGCAGAGGCAGAGGGAAAGGCAAAGGUAUUGGGUUCCUUGAUGAGAGUGCGAAUCUGCAAGAAUGUGGCUUCCGAGUUCCAAGGUGAGCAGUUUGGGGAAAAGGGGCACCCGCAAUGGCCUUGUCGCCGUAGCCAUAGACAAUGACAAAAGCAGCCAGUACGCCAUCAAGUGGGCCAUCGAGAAUCUCCUCUCCAAAGGCAAAACUGUCAUUCUCAUUCAUGUCGUCCAUCGCUCUUCCUCGGCUUUGCCAAAUGGUACGGACAAGAAAGUACUCGAUAAGCAAACCGAAGAUCUAUUCAUCACAUUCCAUUGCUGUUGCACUAGAAAAGAUGUUCAUAGCUAUGAUGUGGUGCUGGAGGAUGACACGGAUAUUGCGAAAGCAAUAAUAGAGUAUGUCGCCCAUGCUGCGAUUGAGAGUUUAGUUCUAGGCGCGUCCCGCCAUGGAUUUAUCAGGAAACUCAAAAUGAUCGAUGUUCCAAGCCUGGUGGCAAAAGGAGCUCCGGAUUUCUGCACAGUUUACGUCAUCUCAAAAACAAAGAUAUCAUCGGUGCGGAAUGCUAGUCGUCAAGCGCCAUUCACUUCCCCGCUAAUGCCUAAAAUUCAGCAAAUACAAGAACAGUCUAACAAUACCAUUUCGCCAAUUGCACGCCCCAAGCAGUUGAUGAGCAUGAGAGGUGUAGAAAGGACACCGCGCAAGUCUAAUUUUGAUGAAACUGAUUUGGUCAAGUCGCCAAUGUCGAGGGGACAUCGAUUCCGUCCCAACAUGUUCACUGAUUUUGCAGAGUCAGAUACGGAUAUAUCGUUUGUGGGAUCAGGUACGCCAAGCGAGAGGCCAAGUGUAGAUCGAUCCAGCCUACAUUUUGACACAUUCGAUUCCGGCCGAACUUCAAGGGUUUCGACUAGCUCCGAGAGUAGCUUCGGCUCGAUGAGGUCUGCUGCUAAAUGGAGCGAAAUCAGUUCCUUUACGGAUUAUUCAACGCCUUCUGUGGAAAAUGAUGAUGUCGCAGCAGAAAUGAGACGGCUAAAGCUCGAGCUACAGAAAACCAUGGAAAUGUAUAGCACAGCCUGCAAGGAAGCUCUAACGGCAAAAGAAAAGGCAAUGGAGCUUCAUCAAUGGAGGAUCGAUGAGGAACGCAGACUCGAAGAGACUCGACUGGCUGAGGAAACAGCUCGACAGACUGCCGAACAGGAGAAAAGCAAGUAUAAAGCGGCCAUGGAAAACACGCCAACCUCCGGAGGGGAGGACAUGAUGAGCUCGUCAUUGAGGUACAAACGCUACACAAUUGAGGAAAUCGAAGAGGCCACAGAGUUUUUUUCCGAAUCGCGCAAAAUUGGGGAGGGCGGCUAUGGCCCUGUCUACAAGUGUUACCUUGAUCAUACUCGCGUCGCUGUUAAAGUCUUGCGUCCCGAUGCAGCUCAAGGAAGAUCGCAAUUCCAACGAGAGGUCGAAGUGCUGAGCUGUCUGCGACAUCCGAACAUGGUGUUGCUCCUCGGCGCCUGCCCGGAAUACGGUUGCCUUGUCUACGAGUACAUGGCCAACGGCAGUCUCGACGACUGUCUUUUUCGGAAAGGCAACACGCGACCUCUCUCAUGGCAGGUCCGGUUCCGAAUCGCCGCCGAGAUCGCCACGGGGCUGAAUUUUCUCCAUCAGACGAAACCGGAGCCUUUGGUCCAUCGCGACCUCAAACCGGGGAACAUCUUGCUCGACCAGAACUACACUAGCAAAAUAAGCGACGUGGGAUUGGCGCGGCUCGUCCCGCCAUCCGUCGCUGACGACGUGACGCAAUACCGGAUGACGUCAACGGCUGGCACGUUUUGCUACAUCGAUCCCGAGUACCAGCAGACCGGGAUGCUUGGAGUGAAAUCCGACGUGUACUCGUUGGGCAUUGUGCUUCUGCAAAUACUGACGGCAAAAACGCCGAUGGGGUUGAGUCAUCUAAUCGAGCAAGCGAUUGAGAAGGGAACGUUGGAAGAGAUGUUGGAUCCAUCCAUCUCAGAUUGGCCAAUUGAAGAAACGACGACUCUUGCGAAAUUGGCGGUUCAAUGUUCUGAGCUGAGACGGAAAGAUCGACCGGAUCUUGGCAAGGUCGUCUUGCCCGAGCUUAAUAAGUUGAGAGAAUUUGGCGAAGAGAACAUAAUCCAUUUUCUCGUUGGGGGUAGCACGGCGCCCUCGCCUAGCCAUAGCCUUGCUUCGAUAAAGGAAGUCAAGAGCGAUCAUUCGGCAGCUACACAGAGUGAAGUAAAUGCAUCAGCUAGCACAACUUCGUUGUCCAAAAACUCAUCGGAAACUACUGAAUGAGCAUAGUUUACGGGCAAGAAAGAUGCGUAGACUCGUUAUGUAGGUCGAUGUAAUGUCAGUGAUUUUUUUGGUACUGCAAGAAAACGGGCUCGGUCGAGAUGGUUCGAAGCUUACGUAGCUAGUAGUUUUAGACAGUGAGGCUGCGAUUGAUUGCCUGUGGUUUUUGGACUACAGGAAUUUGUUCUUGUGAUUGAAGGAGGGAAAACAUAUGAUCGAAUGUGUACGAUGUAGUUGCAAGAACAAGUGUAGUGUUUAAAUCAAGCUGAGGCUAUGUUGGUUUCGAUGAAUUUGAAUGUUAUGAAUUUUAAGGGUUUGA